AUGACGGACAAUAUGGCGAAGGUUAACGGCGAGAACAUCAAGGGCAUUCGAAUAUCAAUAGAUCGAGGUGGCACAUUCUGCGAUGUUAUUGCUCAAAUCCCUGGUCGCGCAGACCUCGUUUUCAAGCUGUUGUCUGUAGAUCCUCAGAACUAUCGUGAUGCGCCGACGGAGGCCAUUCGACGGGUUCUACAGGCCGUGCAAGGGGCGGAGAUAGCCCCGGGAGAAAAAUUGAAUGCAUCUGCUGUUGAGUCAUGUCGAAUCGGAACAACCAUCGCCACAAACGCGCUUCUCGAGCACAAGGGGAAACGUUUUGCUCUUCUCACAACCAAAGGCUUUAAAGACUUGAGCGAAAUAGGUGAUGGCUCUCGCCCAAAACUAUUCGACCUGAACAUCCGCAAACCAAAAGUAUUAUUCGAUCAAGUUGUAGAAAUCGAUGAACGAGUGACAAUAGAGAACUACGAACUAGAUCCAUUCCCACAGCCGGAAUUAGACGAAACAGAUUCAGCGCUCGUGAAGACCAGUAGUGGCGAAGUCAUUCGUGUCUUGCAGCCGGUGAAUGUUGAGGCUGUUCGUGGCCAGAUACAGAAGCUUCGUGAUGAAGGGUUUACGUCCCUUGCCGUGUGUUUUAUGCACUCGCAUAUCUUUUCUGACCACGAAAAGCUGGUAGGCGACAUCGCCGCCGAAGAAGGCUUCGAGUCCAUCUCACUUUCUUCCGAAAUCAGCCCGCGGAUCAAAAUGCUUCAACGCACGACAGCAGUCUGCACUGACGCAUAUCUAUCUCCUAUCGUUCAUACAUAUGUCGAAGACUUUCUGAGCGGAUUUGAAGUGCCUCCUCAGAGAGUGGAGUUUAUGUCCUCGGAUGGCGGAUUGCGUCCUGCACAGAAGUACACCGGAAAUGCGGCUUUGCUUAGUGGUCCCGCUGGAGGAGUUGUUGGUGUCGCUAGGUCGUGCUAUGAUUUCGAGGAUCCAAAGGCUUUGAUCGGGUUUGAUAUGGGCGGCACGAGUACGGAUGUCUGUCGCUAUGAUGGAAAAUUCGACCAUAUCAGCGACACUACCAUUUCUGACCGCAAGGUAUACACGCCAAUGCUGAAUCUGAAUACCGUCGCAGCAGGUGGAGGAUCGAAACUGUUUGUCCGAAAUGGCCUGUUGGUAGUCGGUCCUGAGAGUGCCGGUGCACAUCCAGGACCUGCAUGCUACAGAAAAGGCGGACCACUCACAAUAACAGAUGCCAACCUCUUCCUUGGCCGAUUAGUUGUAUCAUCUUUUCCAGCAAUCUUUGGCGAAAAUGCGAACGAGCCAUUGGAUACCGACGUGGUGGCAGCAAAGUUCGAAGAAUUAACAAAAGAGGUCAAUGCAGAGUCUUCUAUCGAGUUCACCCCGGAACAAGUUGCGUUGGGCUUCGUGAAAGUAGCGAAUGAGGCCAUGACGAGACCGAUCAGAAACACGACUGAGGCCAGAGGGUUUGCAACCUUUGAUCAUAAUCUCGUCAGUUUUGGAGGUGCUGGAGGACAGCACGCAUGUGCGAUUGCUUCAAAUCUCGGUAUUCGUCGGAUUUUGAUCCAUCGGUUCUCGUCGUUAUUGUCAGCUUAUGGAAUCAGUUUGGCUGAAAUCACCUCCGAAGCAAGCGAAUCUCUGUCCCUCACAUUAUCAGCUGAAAACAUGCCUCAAAUCGAAUCACGAGAGCAGGCCAUCAAGUCCAAACUUGAAAAGGAGCUACGCAGUCAGGACAUUAUCGGCGAUACCAUCGACUAUGAGGUCUUUCUGAAUCUGCAAUACAAAGGGAUGGAUACCAGUCUAAGCGUCGAAAAGCCGACAGAUGGCAGUCAGUACAGCUCAAAAUUUACCAGCAUGCAUCUUCGGGAAUUCGCAUUUACGACCAAUCGUGAGAUUAUGGUCGAUAGUAUCCGGGUGAGAGCGACAGCAAAAAAUAUCAAUCAAAAGGAAAGUCUGUCGGUCUCGGGGGAAUUGGCGGCUGCAAAGAAUUCUGCUACUGUACCGCAAUCCAAAAAAAGACAAAGAGUUUUCAUCAAUGAUCAGUGGAUAUCAACACCAAUCUAUGAUCUGGAAGAUAUGACCAUCGGCUCACAGAUUACCGGCCCGGCGAUAAUAACAGACCAGACACAGACCAUCCUGGUUGAACCGGACUAUGAAUGCCAUCUAACAAGCCGCCACCUCAUCAUUGACAAGGUCGAUAAUGAACAAGAAUCUUCAUCGUCACAACUCAGCACUGAAACAAUCAAUCCGGUCCAGCUCUCCUGCUUCGCGAAUCGCUUCAUGUCUAUCGCCGAACAAAUGGGCAACACUCUCCAACGCACCUCGAUCAGCACAAGUAUCAAGGAACGGCUCGACUUUUCAUGCGCUAUAUUCUCACCCGAUGGCGGAUUGGUAGCUAAUGCGCCGCACAUCCCCAUUCACCUGGGCAGUAUGCAAUUCGCAAUUCAAUAUCAGCAUCGAUUAUGGGGCGACAAGCUUAAACCUGGUGACGUGCUUCUCACAAAUCACCCUGAAGCCGGCGGAACGCAUUUGCCUGAUUUGACCGUUGUCACGCCGGCAUUUUAUGACAAUCAGUUGAUAUUUUAUGUUGCAUCGCGCGGGCAUCAUACUGAUAUUGGAGGAAUCGGAAUCACGAGUAUGAUCCCGGACUCCAAAGAGCUAUGGCAAGAAGGCAUGGCCGUGAAAUCUAUGAAGAUCGUCAGCGAGGGCGUCUUUCUCGAGGAUGAAGUGAGAGAGCUGUUCAACAAGGUUGCUGAAUACCCCGGUUGCAGCGCCACGCGGCGACUGAACGAUAACAUCUCGGAUAUCAAAGCCAAGAUCUCGGCUAAUCAACGCGGUAUCUUACUCAUCAAGCGUCUUUGCGAAGAGUUUACGUUACCUGUUGUUCAUCUAUACAUGGGCGGUAUACAGCGGAACGCCGAGUUGGCUAUCAAGAAACUGUUCCGCGAAUUGUAUCAGAAGACCGGCGGAAAACCGCUCAAGGCCAUCGACUGGUUCGAUGAUGGCACCCCCGUUCAAGUUGAGAUUACUAUUGACGGUGAACGCGAGACUGCAGUAUUUGAUUUCGCAGGCACCGGUCCUCAGACAUACGGAAACAUGAACAUGCCAGUAUCCAUUACACACUCUGCGAUCAUCUACGUCCUCCGUUGCAUGGUCGAUAUGGACAUUCCACUAAACCAGGGAUGUUUGUAUCCCUGCGAAAUCCGAAUUCCCGAAGGUACGAUUUUGAACCCUUCAUCAACUGUUGCCAUCUGCGGCUCGACAAUUUCCAGCCAGCGGGUCACGGAUGUUAUAUUACAAGCCUUUGGCGCCGCGGCGGGUAGUCAGGGUUGCGCAAACAGUCUUGGUUGGGGAAUGGGUGGUAAGGAUCCCCUGACGGGCGUUGUGACUCCUGGGUGGAAUUAUGGUGAAACCGUGGGAGGCGGAAGCGGUGCAGGGCCGACGUGGCACGGAACGCAUGGAGUAAACGUGCAUUCGACGAAUACAAAGGCCACAGAUCCGGAAGUCAUCGAAAAACGGACGCCGGUGAUUGUGCGUCGGGAUUUUAUCAACCAUGGUACUGGAGGAAGGGGGCAGUAUAAUGGCGGAGAUGGAAUGACUCGAGAAAUCGAGGCCCGCAUUCCGAUGAAGUUUAGUAUAUUGUCGGAGCGUAGAGUUUAUAGUCCAUAUGGUCUCGAAGGGGGUGAACCAGGGAGUGUCGGAGUGAACUACAUAUUCAAGAAGAAUGAAGGAGCGCAGCUGGAGAAAAUCAAUAUUGGCGCAAAGGCGGUGGUGCGGUUGAAUGCUGGUGACUAUAUUCAGAUCAAUUCACCUGGUGGCGGUGGAUGGGGGAAGCCCAUUGAGACUCGAGAUGAGAGUGUUGUUAACGGUUUUCGCCCGGUUCCUGUGUCGAAGGUAUAUUGA